CGGUGAGCGAACAAAAACUCGGUGGCAGCCUUGUGCGAUCGUAAAAAUACUUUUUUCAGGCAUUUUAAGCGCACCCCUCCGCCCUAAGUGUUGUCCGUGCGUGCCCCCAGAGACUGAACUAAAGGCUGCAAGUGUGCUUAGACCGCGAAAAUCUUGAUAAAGUAGUGAAAAGUGUAUUUUUCUGUGUGUCUCUUUUGUCAACUGCGUCGCCAUAAACAAAAGUCAGCUGUCUUGCUGUUGUGUGUGGGAAAACAAGCGUUUCUGUGACCUGGCGAGGGUAGAGAAAGGUGCUCUGUGCAGUCGUAUGAUAUUGUCAGCAGGGCCACUGUCACCUACCACCACUUGCUCUCUCUGUCGCACUCGCAUUCCCAGUCCGUGGAGACGGAGACUCUGGUCAGGGGCGCGAUUCUCGGGCGUAUAAUGGACUUGCUGGGAAGGAAGGAAAAGGAGGAGGAGGCAUUCAUUGUCAACUUCAACCAGGAUUGCUCGUCACUCUUCGCCGGGUACAAGAAUGGCUACAGUCUGUUCUCACUGUCUUCCAUCGACACGAUGUUGGAGGAGAUCUACAGGAGCAACAGCGAGGAUAUUCGCCUCGUGGAGCGUCUAUUCAGCAGCUCCCUGGUGGCCAUCGUGGCCCUCGACCAUCCCCGGAAGCUGAAGGUGUGCCACUUCAAGAAGGGCACAGAGAUCUGCAACUACUCGUACUCAAAUACGGUGCUGGCCAUUAAGCUGAACAGGGCUCGUCUGGUGGUGUGUCUGGUGGGCAGUCUGUACAUCCACAAUAUUCGCGACAUGAAAGUGGUGCACACCAUUCGCGACACACCGCCAAAUCCCAACGGAUUGUGCGCCUUGGCGCCCAGUUCAGAUAACUGCUACUUGGCGUACCCGGGCAGCGCCACUGUGGGCGAAGUGCAGAUCUUCGACGCUGUGAAUCUGCGCGCCAAGAUCAUGAUUCCGGCCCACGAUUCACCACUGGCGGCUAUUGCAUUCAGCAUCUCCGGUCUGGAGGUGGCGACAGCCAGCGAGAAAGGCACUGUGAUCCGCGUGUUUUCGGUCAACGAUGGCUCGAAGCUGUACGAGUUCAGACGAGGCGUGAAGAGGUGCGUCUCGAUAGCCUCUCUAUCGUUCAGCACCUGCUCCAACUACCUGUGCUGCAGCUCCAACACCGAGACGGUGCACAUCUUCAAGCUGGAGCGUCCCAGUCCGGAUGCCAAGGACGCCGUGCAGGCGGACGACUGGAUGGGCUAUAUCAGCAAGGCCGUGACCAAUUUCACCAAUAUGGCUCUGCCGUCCCACGUCACGGAUGUCUUCACUCAGGGCAGAGCCUUCGCGUCUGCCAUGCUGCCAGUGGCCGGACUGAAGCAUUCGUGUGUCAUUACGACGAUCCAGAAGCAACUCAGACUUCUAGUGGCCUCGUCGGAUGGCUAUGUAUAUGUGUACUCAAUUUCGAGCGUUGAGGGUGGCGAAUGCCAACUGGUGAAGAAGCAUGACUUGAGGAACAUCGAGAACACGCCACCACCGAAGCCUUUCGUGACCGAGGGCGUCCCAAUGGUCGUGCCGCCGGCAACGCUGCCGCCGGGACCGAGCUAUGCGUCAGCGCUCAAGGAUAAGCCAGAGUAGAGAAAAUGAUGAGACAAUUUGUAGACAUGAUGUGAAUGUGAAUGACUUUUCACACACGAAGAGACGCAAUGAAAUCAACCCUUCUUUUUUGAAUAUAAAGGCAUAGAGUUUACAAGCGAUUAAGAGCAUUUUCACGGUUAUGUGUUGGCCACGUGAAAAGAGAGAAAAAAAUGAGAGUUGAGUAGUUAUUAUUGAAUUCAUUAUUAGAGAUGCUGAAUGAUGUGAGAUAAAUGUUCGUCAAAGUAGUUUUUAAACACAUUUCGAGGAUAAGAAAAAUAUUUCUACUGUUUCUUUCUGUAAAUAUUUCCUCUUUUCCUGAGUUCACUAUCCCAAAACUGUGUCGUGUCGAUCUUUCAGAGACGAGCAGAAAUCAUUUCAAAAGCAGAAAAGAUCUUAAUUAAGUAAAUGAUAUCAAGUGUAACUGAUUUGAAGGCUUUUUAUCAAGUCAGGUGACAAUUUUGAUGAGAAAAAUUAUGUGUAGAUUUAUAAUAAAAGGAAUCUAUGAAAAUCUUA